AUGCAGUCAAACAAUGAAAUCGUUGAUAAGAUAAUUGUUGAAACAAAGUUAGGAAAAAUUUGUGGAUCCAUUAAAAAAAGUGAAACUAAAAGUUUUCCAGAUACGGAUUACUAUAGUUUUCAAGGAAUACCAUAUGCAAAACCACCGUUGGGAUCAUUAAGAUUUCGAGCUCCCCAACCUCCAGAACCAUGGACAGGAAUUCAUGAUGGAACUCAAGAAGGUAAUCCAAGUUCUCAAGUAACUUAUGAUGGUGAAUAUAUUGGAGAUGAAGAUUGCCUAUUCUUAAAUGUGUACACACCAUUGAAACCUGGAGACAGCCAUAAUGAGUUAUUGCCAAUUAUGUUUUGGAUUCAUGGAGGAGGAUUUGCAACGGGAAGUGGUGGCCAAGCAUUACAUUCGCCUGAUUAUUUAAUGCCACAAAAAAAUGUUGUUGUUGUAACAAUUAACUAUCGCUUAGGCGCAUUUGGUUUUCUAAAAUGCAACGACCCGAAUAUUAGAGUUCCUGGUAAUGCCGGUUGUAAAGACGUUGUAAUGGCUUUAAAAUGGGUUAAAAAUCACAUCGAAAAUUUUAAUGGUGAUCCAAAUAAUGUCACAAUUUGGGGCCAAAGUGCGGGUGCAGCUAUUGUUCAUACAUUGUUACUUUCACCGAUGGCAAAGGGAUUGUUUCAUAAAGCUAUUAUCCAGAGUGCUGGGUAUGCAGUAUCAGAUGAAGCAGAAGCUUUUGAUUUAUUAUCGAAACUUUCAACUACUGAAGUGGCUAGAGUUUUUAAAACUUUUCAUGAUACAGUGGGUCCAAGUGUUGUUUUUCCAUAUAUAACCGCUGAAAGUUCAACAUGCCUCGAAGAAACUUAUUUAACUCAAGACUACGAAUCGUAUUAUUUACAAAAUAAAAUUAAUGCUGUUCCACUUUUAAUUGGAACAAAUGUUGAUGAUGGAUUAGUUUUUGCAGCUAAACGAGAAUCUUAUGGUGCAACUACACCCGAGCAUAUAACACCACAUACAGCUGUACCAGAAAUGUUAAAAAAUUUAAAUAAUAAAGAAUAUGACGAAGUUGGUAGAAAAAUUAUUAAGUUUUAUUAUGGCAACGAGACACCAUCCAGAAGAAAUUUGGAUAAAUAUGCUCGUUUAGCGAGUGAUAAUAGUUUCUUUUUGAGUACAAGACAUCUUAUUCAAUUAUAUCAAAUGUGUACAACUGAACCGAUCUAUCGAUAUAAAUUCAAUGUUCAAUCACCCCAUAAUCUAUAUAAAAAAAUUUAUAAUAUUUCGAUACCAAGUGUCUGUCACGGUGAUGAAUUAACAUAUUUAUUUUACACAAAAUAUUCGCGAUGUUUCCGUCCAAACAGCGUAGAAGAACUAACACUUUAUCGUAUGGUUAAUUUAUGGACAAAUUUUGCUAAAUUUGGUAAUCCAAAUAUCGCUUCUUCAACCUUCCAAGCGAAUAAUAUUUCGAUGAAUAUAAAUUGGUUACCCGUUCAACCAGGACAAUAUAAUCAUCUAAAUAUUGGAAAAACAUUAAAAUAUGUGAAAAGUGAACGAGAUGAAGAAAUGCGAUUUAAUUUUUGGGAUGAUUUAUCAAUUUUCUUUUAUAAAAAUUAUCUCAUGCCUGCUGAAAUGGAUGAAAAAAUAAAAAAAAUAAUUGUUGAAACAAGUUUAGGGAAAAUAUGUGGAUCGAUUAAAACAAGUGAAACUAAAAGUUAUCCAGACACAGAUUACUAUAGUUUUCAAGGUAUACCAUAUGCAAAACCACCGUUGGGACCAUUAAGAUUUCGAGCUCCUCAACCACCGGAACCAUGGACAGAAAUUCAUGAUGGAACUCAAGAGGGUAAUCAAAGUUCUCAAUUAUCAUUGAAUGGUGAACAUAUUGGAGACGAAGAUUGUUUAUUCUUAAAUGUUUACACUCCAUUGAAACCUGGAGACAGUCAAAAUGAGCCAUUACCGGUUAUGUUUUGGAUUCAUGGAGGUGGAUUUGUAACGGGAAGUGGUGGCCAAGCAUUACAUUCGCCUGAUUAUAUAAUGCCACAAAAAAAUGUUGUUGUAGUAACAAUUAACUAUCGUUUAGGCGCAUUUGGUUUUCUAAAAUGCAACGACCCAAAUAUUAGAGUUCCUGGUAAUGCCGGAUGUAAGGACGUUGUAAUGGCUUUAAAAUGGAUAAAAAAUCACAUUGAAAAUUUUAAUGGUGAUCCAAAUAAUGUCACAAUUUGGGGUCAAAGUGCGGGUGCAUUUAUUGUGCAUACUUUAUUACUUUCGCCAAUGGCAAAGGGAAUGUUUCACAAAGCCAUUAUUCAAAGUGGCCCGUAUUUCCCGAAAUUCUAUUAUGGGAAAUCCAAGACAAUUGAGUUAAUGGAAAUGCUUUCGGUAGCUGGAUUUGCAGUAUCAAAAGAAACGGAAGCUUUUGAUUUGUUAUUGAGACUUCCAACCACCGCUGUUACCAAAGCUUUUAAUAAUUAUCGUGAAAAAAUGGAGUCAAAUUAUAUUUUUAGAUAUUUAGUCGUUGAGAGUUCGGAAUCACAAGAGGAAGCUUAUUUAGCUCAAGACAGCGAAUCGUAUUACUUACAAAAUAAAAUUAAUGCUGUACCAAUUUUAAUUGGAACAAAUGUUGAUGAUGGAUUAGUUUUUGCAGCGAAACGUGGAUCAUAUGGGGCAAUUACACCAGAAAAUACAACACCAAAUACAGUUGUACCAAAAAUGAUAGAAGUCUCAAAUAAUGAAGAUCAUGAGGAAUUUGAUAUUUCGGUACCAUGUGUGUGUCACGGUGAUGAAUUAACAUACUUAUUUUAUACAAAAUAUUCCCGAACUUUCCGUCCAAACAGCGUAGAAGAAUUAACACUUUAUCGCAUGAUUAAUUUUUGGACAAAUUUUGCUAAAUUUGGUGAUCCAAAUAUUCCAUCUUCAACCUUGCAAAAUAAUGUUUCGAUGAAUAUAAAUUGGUUACCCGUUCAACCACGACAAUUGAAUCAUCUACAUAUUGGUAAUAUAUUUAAAUAUGUCGAUAGUGAAUUGGAUGAAGAUAUGCGGUUUAGAUUUUGGGAUGAUUUAUCAAUUUUCUAUUAUAAAAAAUAUCUUAUGCCAGAUGGAAUGGAUGAAAAAGAUAUUGACGAAAAAUUUCAUGAUGUGAGAUUUCAAUUGAAAAUGCUUAGGGAAUAUCAAGGUGUCAAAAAUGAAAUAUGA